GAAGCUAUUAGAAGUACGUACUUCGAUUAGUCUGAUUAAUUCUUGAUCAAAGAUUCCAUUUUGCAGUUUGGAACAAGAGUGAAAGAAGAAUGCAAACUCAAAGGACGAUUUCCAGCUUUUUCAUUCCUUCUGGCACUGGAAUCAAAAGAAGAGCGGAAGAUGAGGAAGCAGGCACAGGCGAGAAUGCCAAUUCGACGCCUUCAAAAACGAAGCGGCUGGCUGUAAAUCUUUCACCAGAGCAAAGAGCUCGCAUCGAAGCUAAUCGAGAGGAAGCACAGAAGAAACUGCUUGCUAAUAAGAGUCCUCAGUUCUUCGGACCAUCGUGGAAAAAAGCUUUGGCAGCGGAAUUCACCAAGGAAUAUUUCCAGAAACUUAUGAAUUUUGUGAAAGAAGAGAGAUCACGCAAGACAGUCUAUCCAGCAGAGAAGGAUGUGUUCAGUUGGACUCUUCAGUGUGACAUCCAUGAGGUUAAGGUUGUGAUCAUCGGUCAGGACCCUUAUCAUGGACCAAGGCAGGCACAUGGACUUUGCUUCAGUGUUCCUCCCAGAGUUGGUAUACCACCAAGUCUGGUAAAUAUCUACAAAGAGUUGCAAAAUGAUAUUGAGGGCUUUGAACCACCUAAACAUGGAUAUCUAUUGGGUUGGGCUAAACAAGGUGUAUUGCUUCUAAAUGCUUGUUUGACAGUUGUUGCUUCACAGGCAAACUCUCAUAAAGAUAAGGGAUGGGAAAAAUUUACUGAUGCCGUAAUAAGGUGGAUUAAUACAAAUCUUAGCGGUGUUGUUUUCCUACUUUGGGGCUCGUAUGCUCAGAAGAAAGGCAGCUUCAUUGACAAGAAGAAGCACCAGGUGUUGAAAGCUGUUCACCCUUCGCCUUUGUCAGCCCACCGUGGAUUCUUGGGUUGUAAACACUUUUCUCAAGCCAAUGCAUAUUUAAAGAAAUCUGGGAAGAAACCUGUGAAUUGGUGCAAUCUUCCCAGUGAUGAAAAUGAAGCAGUUAAUUGAACUGUGACUGAAAUAUGGCAUUAUGAUCCAAACUUUAUUGUGUACUUUUACUGUAGUUAGGUAAGGGUGGCAUGUUCUUAUCAUCAGAACAUGAUAGUUUCAAAAUUACAUGUACCAUAAUAUUAUGAUUGCUAUGAAAAUGUUUUUCUGAACGAAAUUCAUGGUCAUACAUUUCUGUUCAGUUUUGUUAAAGUCACUGUUGAGUUAGACAUGGAAUGUCAUCAUUAGUUUGAUCAUGUAGGCUGAUACUCUGAUUUUUUAUUAGAAAACAGGUCAAAGUGGUAUUUGAAACAAUUAUUUCUUGAGAGUUUUGUCCAAUAGUUCCUCAUUAAAAAUUGAGCUUGGGGCAUAAUGUAGCCAUAAUAUUAAAAAUCAACAAUAGUGUGAUUGAUAUAUCAACCAAUUAACAUACAUUGAUCUUAAUACAAUAGCAUCCUAUAGAAAAGCUGUAAUAUGAUUGGUCAAACUGUUUUGUUAUAGAUGGAGAUUAAAUGAGUGGCCUAACAAUGUAAAAAAAAAAAAAAAAUAUUGAAAACUUGAGACAUAUUCUUGUUGAUGAGUUUCGAAUUACUAAUAGAAUGAUUUUUUUUGUUAGAUAGAGGGAAAAUAAUCUAAUCAUUAGAGUAGAAAUCUGCUAGUUUUUGAAAACUAAACAACAGGACAGUUUCAUGGUUUUAUUUUGUUUAAAACCGCUCACUUCUUGGAUACUCACAGUUACAAAUACGUCAAAAUUGUUUUAUUUCAUUGUAUUUGACAUACCACACUGAUACAUUAUUACGAGGACGUACUUUUCCCUCUUUGUUAGGAAAUAUGAAAAUGUAAAAAAUGAAGGUCAAAAUGACCAACACGUUAAAUAAAGGUUAACGAUGUUUUGUUUUCA